AUCUCAGCUUCAAUAUUUCUUCUGUCGCUGUGCUGCCGCACAAACCCCCACGAUUGCCACCAGCACCCAACCAUAUCUUUCAAUUUAGCAAUGAAGGUACAGUCGCGCUAAAAGCCGCCUCCAGCACGUUCAAAAAUGGCGUCAAAAACGUGGGCGACCAAGGUUCGAGCGUCUGCCGAGCGAUGGAAGCCCGUCCCUCAAUACCCCCUAAGUGAGCUGAUGAGCAAAGCCUGCGCUGGCCCAAGGAAACGUGCGGUGAAGUUUCCGCAACUAGCCAAUGAUGAGCUUGGAGAUCACAUGUUGCAGCGUAUCUCACCCUUCCUCCGUCGCAAUGCCCCCCUGGAUAUUCUCGACCUAUGGCCAGGUAACGGACUCUGGUCUUCUAAAAUCAACGAAGCGCUCCGUCCGCGUCGACAUGUUUUGUUGGAACCCGAGUUACAGCUUUGGGGAAAGUUUCUGGAGCCUUUAGCCAAAAACAACGAGUGCUACAAAAUUGACUCCACGAACCCUCGUUUGAUCGAGGAUUGGAAGAGCAUCCUGACUCAAUAUUUCCCGGAGCAGGGCCCGGAGAAUUCCGAUAACAGCGGUGCGCUUCCUUGCAAUCACACUCUGCUGGUGCUCGCCAACUUGUCGAUGCCAAACUCCAAUAGGGAUCAUAUGACUGCCACCCGAUGGAUGUCUAUGUUCUUGGAUAGUUGUCUGCGGCAAACAGGCUUGCAUUCGUACGGUGCUGUUCGUAUCUUGGCUACGAUGCCUCAGGAGGAUGCUCAAGCCAUCCUCCCUCGCCAAGUGAACGACCGCAAGCGUCUCGCCUUAAUCGCCGAGAAUGUCGCUCUGCACAACUUCGAGGUUGCCGCACACCAGGAGGACUACUACUGGGCCAACACCAGGGGCUUCGAACGCACUAAGGCGGAUCGCGAGCGUCUCAACGAACGAGCGACGGCCAACGGUUUUCCGCCAAUCCCAGGUCGCGAGCCAGCUCCUUUCGUCGCUGUCCCCGAUCUAUCCCUGCUUGACCAACCUGUUGCCAGAUCGAGCAUCUACACUCUCCGCAUCCUGACCGAGGCUCAUGCGAAUUUGUUGAAAACCAUCGAAGAGUUAGGUAACACGCCGCCGACCUCGCCGGACUACGCGAAGGCCAGGGCGGCCCGCGGCCGCCUAAUUACUCGGGUCAGACAAGAGCACCAGAUAAUGAGCAUCACUCAAGCUUUGUCGCGUAAACUCGCACGGCUAGAUGAGCUGAGUAGGAACAUAGCCCGCGUCGCCGCGCGGCCGACCACCACUCUCGCCGAUCUCGAGCCGCUCCUCUCCGAAACUGCCGCAGUGAAGCAAGAAAUCGCCGACACCAAGAUAGUGAAUCAAAAGAAAUCCUGGAGCCAAAUGCAGUUUAUGUGGGACGAUACGCGCCGCCAGGCCUCGGACGAGCUGACGCCCACGACCCUCCUGGCCUGGGACCGGCGGCCCUUCGAAGCUCUCCUCAUCAACGACGAAGAAUUGUACCCGCGGGGAGACAAACGCAGCAUGAUCUACUUCGAGCCGAACCCGGACUCACCGGUGGCGAGCAAAUUCUCCCCGCUCGACGCCGCCGCGCGCGCCGACGCCCACGGGCUCUUCGAGGUCCUCUCGCUCUCCCUCUGGCGUGGCCGCGAGAUCAUCACCCUCCACGAGAUCCUACCCCUGGUGUUCCCCGGCCGGUCGAUCAACGACUGUGUGCGCGCCAUCCCCAGCCUGGCCCAGCACGCGAUCCGCACCCCGAAGCCCGAUUUCGACUCCCUGCCCAAGACCCUCGUCUCCGAUGCCAACUCCACUAAUCCCGACAACAACAACAACAACAACGCCGAGCUCGACCCCGCUUUGUGCUUCCAGGAGAACCUCAACUACGAUUUCAAAGAUGUGCGCCUGCACAUCAUCGGCUGCCCGGUCAUCUGGGACAUCUGUAUCGAGUACUCACGCUACGAGUCCCGACAAUCUCUCACGCAGCUCGCUCGAUCCCUCGGCGCCACGAUGACGGGGUACCGCGCCGGUGCCCAUAUCUUGCGGGGCAAGAAGAUCCACUGAGUUGGCUAGCAUACCGAUCAAACACCCCCCUCUCCUCCCCC